AUGUGGCCCUGUAUUCGCACUCUAUUGUUCACACUGCUGUUGGCCUUCUCCAAUGGAGUUUAUGGACAAGAGGAGGAAGAAGAAGAAGAAGAAUAUGAUGACCUAUCAGAGAGCGUACUGAAGGACAUAAAACCAACCUCCAAAUCACUGCUGUGCCCCAAGGCUUGUACCUGCACGCAGGAAGGGGUAGUGGACUGUGCUGGAGUGGAUCUGAGGGAGUUUCCAAUAGACCUCCCGGAAUUUACAAAUCAUCUAUCUCUGCAGAAUAACCAAAUAGAAGAGAUUCCUCCUGAGGAUCUGACCAAACUUUACAAAUUAGAGACCCUCAACCUGCAGAACAAUCGCCUGACUUCUAGAGGAAUUCCUGAUGACCUAUUUGAACAGCUGGAAAAGCUCAGUUAUCUCUACUUAGCCAACAAUAAGAUAACUCUGGCACCUCGCUUCCUCCCAAACUCACUGAUGAGUGCAGACUUUGCAGCCAAUUAUAUAACUAAAAUCUACGGAAUGACUUUUGGGCAUAAACCAAAUCUUCGGUCCGUAUAUCUGCACAACAAUAAACUGACAGACGCUGGGCUACCUGACAACAUGUUCAACCAAUCAAACAACGUGGAGAUCCUUAUCAUGUCCAGCAACUUCCUGAAGUACGUCCCCAGGAACCUGCCCCCUGCGUUAUACAAACUGCAUUUGAAGAACAAUAAGCUGGAAAAGAUUCCAGAAGGAGCAUUUAGUCAUCUAUUUGGUUUGCGUGAACUUUACCUGCAGCACAAUCUCCUGACCAAUGAUGGGAUGAACAAUGAGACAUUUGGGAAGCUGUCCAGACUUGAAUAUCUAGAUCUAUCGAGCAAUGACCUGACUCACAUUCCCAGUGGGCUACCCCGCAACAUUGUCCUACUUCAUUUGGAAAAAAAUAACAUUCGGUCUAUAGCGGAUGAUGUUUUAACGCAGAUUAAAAACUUGGAGUAUCUUUUGCUCCAUAACAACAGGCUGAGGGCUCGGGGCAUCCAUUCAUCAGCUUUUCAGGGUUUAAAGAAGCUACACACUCUUCAUAUGUACAACAACUUGCUGGAGAAGGUACCUGGAGGACUUCCUCGCAGGGUCAAGACACUGAUGCUUCUUCACAACCAAAUCACUGGUAUCUCCAAGGAUGACUUCAACUCCACUUAUUUUAUUGAGGACCUGAAUCUAAGCUAUAAUAAGAUCAUGAGUAGCUCAGUACAUAAGGAGGCAUUCCGUAAACUGAGGCUCCUAAAAACUUUGGACAUGUCGGGCAAUAAAUUAAAAUCUGUUCCAUACGGGCUUCCAAAAAACUUGGAGAUCCUUAAACUGAAAGAAAAUGAAAUUAGCUCCAUACCACAAGACACACUGGCUGGGAUGUCAAAGCUGAAAGAACUGUACUUAAGCUUCAAUAAACUUAAGAUCAACUCUAUUUAUACAGGGGCCUGGGCAGAGCUCAGCAGUCUCCAGCUGCUUGAUGUGUCAACAAAUCAGCUGUCUCAUGUCCCACCGGACCUGCCCGAGACCCUUGAGUACCUCUACCUACAGAGCAACAGGAUUGCCACAUUGUCUGACAGUGCCUUCGAAUCCAUCCCUAAUAUAAAAGGGAUCUUCCUCAGGUUCAACCUGCUAACUCCUGAAGCUGUAACAGAAAGUGCUUUCUAUGGACUGGAUAAAUUGCAGGUUCUGGAUAUAGAAAGUAAUUUAGCCUUACCAAAGGUGACCAAGCCGAAAAAGGAAGAAGAAACAGAAGAUGAAGAGGAAGAGGAGGAGGAAGACAGAAAAAGAUAA